AUGUCCGCACGAGGUGCUCAAGAUCUGCCACCUGCCGAGGGUUACUCUGAAGUUAGAUACCGUCGUUAUUUGCCUAAGCGUGGUCCUUCCGGACUUGUUAUUCUUGCUAGCGUUGCCGCUGUAUCUGCCUUUGGUUUCUACAAGCUUGCUGUUGGCAACCUGGAGAGACGUGAACUUAAGCGCGAAAACCUCUGGGCUCGUAUCAAUGUCGUUCCUCUCUUGACUGCUGAAGCCGAUCGCGACACUUACCGCCGCACACAAGCAGCCAAUGCUCGUGAAGCCGAGAUCAUGAAGGAUGUCAAGGACUGGAAGGCCGGAGAGUCUGUUUACAACAACACCAAAUACUAUAUUCCACCCAACUUCGUCGUUGUUCCUGAAGAGAACUAGAGAAUAAAAUAUACACACAAAAAGACACCCACAAAAACAAUUGUAUAUACAUAUAUACAUAAAUUGUAUACACGCAAAAAUACAAACGUACGCACAAUCUGACAUAU